AAACCCCGGGCCACUGAAGCGGAAUGUAUUCGCUUAACCACUGCACCACCGGGCUAGCCCCUUGCUACAUCCUUUUAAGUCUAUAGGGUCAAGGCACAAGUAGGCAAAGGGAGAAAAGAACUGAUCUGAAAGUCAGAUUUGAAGCAUAUUUGUUGCUGAAAAUGUUCACAACAGAUGAAGACAGUUGUGAAUUAAAUAAUUACCUGCAAUUUGUAAUUCUCUGGUUACAAAUGGCAGGGUAGUAUUUGUCACUUCUAAAAAAAGGAAAUGGAUAUGUUUCUCCUGUUAUCCCUGUCAGUCCCUCCUGCAUCCCAGUGGUCUCAUUAGGAGUAAACCACAUUCCAAAGGAGGACAAAUGGAGCGGCACUGCUCCAUGUUUGGAGUUGCGAUCUUUAGGCCCUACACUCAGAGCCCUGAGACCGGAUAUGAAGACAACCACUUCUCUCUGGCAUCUUUCACUCUCUUGGCAGCCAGCUCCCCUCACCUCUCACCUCACUUGCCUAGAAUAAAAAUUGUUAACAUAGCCGUAACCAUAUUUUCCAAAGUCAAAAAUAGAAUUUAUAGUGACAUGUAGAAGAAAAUAUAUUGGAACAAUAAGACCAAAUAUAUUAAAUCAGGGCAACUUUUCAGAUUUGAAAAUCUGAAAGGAAUGGAGCAUAGGAGAUACCAAGGGCUACAGGUCAUAAGAGGUCUUUCCUUGGUCAACUGAGUAUUCUUGGUCAUUGCUUUUGAAAUUAAAAAGUGAGUAACUGGAAAGAUCUAGUUGUAAAGUUGGAAAUGCUGAACAAAGCAUUACAUGGUGGCAUCAUGUGGGUAAAAAUUAGCAUAAUAAUACCACAUUCGUCUGCAUGUAUAGAAUCAUAUGUCUGUGUGGCCACUUGCUCUAUCAUGGAAUAUUUAGGGCAGAGGUUCCUUAAAUUUCUGUCUGCAGGAAUCACCUUGAGAGUGUCUAGAAACGAGGAUUUCUGGCAUCAACCCAAGAGAGUCUGACUCAGUAGUCCUGGGAUGAUUCUGAUACAGAGAUCAAUCCAAGAACCGCACUCUAACCCAAUUUUGUUAGGUAACCGUCAGACUAUAUUAUUUUAUCUGCUGAAGGAGGCAGUAGAGUCUAGAAGAUGAAAAUGAGCUUCAUCGGGUCCCUUGGCUUUAACAUUGCCGCUGACUUUCAACUCCUUCUCCUUAGUGCUUCCAUUUCUAUGUCUGUAAAAUGGGCAUAACGACGUGACUCUUGUGUUUGCUCAGGUCUUAGAAAAAAAUUUAAUUUCAAAUUUGGGAAGUAAGUGAAAACCAUCAUGUGAAGUGUUUGAAUGUACACAUCCUCAGAUGCUUCCCCUCUUCUUCGUGUCUUUCAUGUACCACAUCACUUUUUCUUUUACAUUUUUCUUGAUCUAAUCUUUUUUAAACCAGCAUAUCUGAUUCCGUGGUAAAGGAAAGCCCUCUCCCAGUGUCAAAUGACAACAGGUCUUUGUCACAGUGUAGGUUUAAGGCUUCUUCAUCCCAUGUGCCAACUAAACACGUAGAGCUUUUGUCUGCAGGUAAAAAGAUCACAAAGGGUCAAUGUUUUGCUAGCUCAGCGUCAGUGGGUCAGGUUUUCCCAGGGCUUAGUAUUUACUGAUGGAACACAGUUCUUCUGGCCUCCUCGAGCUUUAGUUUGUUCAGAUAAAACCUCCGUUUGUUUUCAUGCCUUGAGUCUGUCCAGAGCCGGCUGCCUUCUUCCAGGCAGCUUUGGUAAGUCAACAGGACAGUUUCAUUAACAGCAGCAGCUAUGAGGCUUGUCUAUAGGGGACUCCUCAUCACCUGUUUUGGCUUACCCAGGUUCUCUGAGGUGUGUUUCCAUCAUGGCAACUGUGAUAGGUGGGAGCUCUUCCACCGCUGCUAGCCAAUGACAACAGGCCCUUGUCCAUCACUCUUCUUUGCUCAUGCCCAAGGUCUCUGAUUAAUCCUCACCAUUCUCUGAAGCCAGCUACAUCAUUCUUAUAAGGCUGUAGAAAUUCAAACAAAGCAAAUGAACAUUGAAGCGAGUUCUCUAUCAGAACCUGUUUUCUCCACAGAGCCAUGGAAGCCCACACUUCCUGUCAGCUCUCUCUUUCCGGUAAAGACUCCCUACCUCACAUGCCUCCCCACUGCCACCAAAACAGUGAAAACCAAGCCCAUCAGAAGUCACGGGAAGAGUGGGCUACAUUUAAUAAAAUUAGGACUUAAUUAUGAAAACUUGAGCAAAUGGUUUUGCUGUGUCUAGUUACAAAAGUGGAAAGGAGUGGUGAUAAAGAUCCUCCUGUGGGCACAGUAGGACACCUGUUAGGUCACCCAGGACCUGCAGUCCCCACUUAGAAGGCUGCCUGCUCACCCAAGUUUGCUACAGGCAUCAGCCUGACGGGUGCCCCCCCCACCCCGGUAGUAAAUAUUAGGUAUGGAGAGAGAGACUCCUCAGGACUUUUCCCUUUUAAGUCCCAUAAAGGAUCCCAGUUACUUGUAAUCCUCAGAGAAUUCAUGUCUUUUUUUCUUCUCUCCUUAACUAGUAGAAGUUUAGCUGGCUUUUGGGUAACUCAGGGGGUGUCAGUGAAAGUAACUGUCAUUUGUUUGCAAAUGAAACCUGAGCUUUCUGAAAAUGACUCCCGUGUAAAAUCUUUCCCCCAUAACACUCCUCCAGCCUUCUAGUUGAUUUUAGAUAGUUUCCUGUUCUCCCACCUCUUGGAAGUAUUCCAUGGCACGCUGAGCAGACACUUUUAGUCAAAAACGUCUAUAAAUAGCAGAUUUUCCUGCUUGCUGCCUUCUCUCUGAGGCUUUCACAAAGGAGGUGAAACAAAUCCACCAGAAACAAGAACUCUUGGUGAGGGGUGUGUGGUGAGGCUUAUGAAAAAUCAGAUCCACAAACCGAAAAUUGUCGUGUAGGUCGCUUUCCCAUAUUUAACUUAGGCAAUCACUGCAUGAAAAAAAGAAGCAUUUUAUUUCAUGCCAGAUGAUCUCAUGAACUGAACAGUCAAUCAAAAAUAUCUCAUAUGCGUUCUCAGCCUUCUUUAAAGAUACAUAUUUUGCCUUUCACAUUGCUUUUUAAAAAAACCCCCAAGGCCAGCUGUUAUUUAUUAGAUUCCAUUGGUAAAUCUAGUAACCAGUUUCUGUAGCUAUUCUAUGAUAGGAAAUUUGAAACUACUUCCUCGUUUCUCCUCCAAACUGUCCUUGCUUCCAGAGAGCUUUGACUGUCUGACCUGCCUUCUCUUUGUCUUCUGUGCCCACCCAUCGUCAACAGCACCAGGUCUCCCAGAGUGGUAUCAUGGAAUUCCCUGGAAGACUGGACGUGUGGCAGGUUCCCCAAGAUGAAUGGACAGGCUAUACCCCUCGAGGUAAAGAUGAUGAAAUUCCAUGCCGAAGAAUGCGGAGUGGCAGCUAUAUCAAGGCCAUGGGAGAUGAAGACAGUGGGGACUCAGACACAAGUCCCAAGCCUUCUCCCAAAGUUGCUGCACGAAGAGAAAGCUAUCUCAAGGCUACUCAACCAUCCCUUACAGAACUCACCACACUCAAAAUUUCCAAUGAGCACUCCCCCAAACUCCAGAUCCGGAGUCACAGUUACCUGAGGGCAGUAAGCGAAGUCUCCAUCAACCGAAGCCUGGACAGCCUUGACCCUGCAGGCCUGCUCACAUCACCAAAGUUCCGCUCCAGGAAUGAGAGCUACAUGCGAGCCAUGAGCACCAUCAGCCAGGUGAGCGAAAUGGAAGUGAACGGGCAGUUCGAGUCGGUGUGCGAAUCUGUGUUCAGCGAGCUGGAGUCGCAGGCUGUGGAGGCCCUGGACCUGCCCAUGCCCGGCUGCUUCCGCAUGCGGAGCCACAGCUAUGUGCGAGCCAUCGAGAAGGGCUGCUCCCAGGACGACGAGUGCGUGUCCCUGAGGUCCUCCUCCCCGCCGCGCACCACCACCACCGUGAGGACCAUUCAGAGCAGCACGGGUGUCAUAAAACUGAGUUCUGCAGUUGAAGUGUCAUCUUGCAUUACAACAUAUAAGAAGACACCACCUCCAGUCCCACCCAGAACUACCACGAAACCUUUCAUUUCUAUCACAGCCCAGAGUAGCACAGAGUCUGCCCAGGAUGCCUACAUGGAUGGACAGGGCCAGCGAGGAGAUAUUAUCAGCCAGUCUGGACUGAGCAACUCCACGGAGAGCCUGGACAGUAUGAAGGCUCUGACAGCCGCCAUCGAAGCCGCAAAUGCCCAGAUCCACGGCCCUGCAAGCCAACACAUGGGCAACAACCCUGCCACUGUCACCACCACGACCACCAUAGCCACCGUCACCACGGAGGACAGGAAGAAGGAUCACUUUAAGAAAAAUCGAUGCCUCUCUAUCGGGAUACAGGUGGAUGAUGCUGAAGAACCUGACAAAACGGGGGAAAAUAAAACACCCAGUAAGUUCCAGUCCGUAGGAGUGCAAGUAGAAGAAGAGAAAUGCUUCCGCAGGUUCACUCGAUCCAACAGUGUGACGACAGCAGUGCAGGCCGACCUGGACUUCCACGAUAAUCUGGAAAACUCUCUGGAGUCUAUAGAGGACAAUUCGUGUCCCGGCCCCGUGGCCAGACAGUUCUCCCGGGACGCCAGCACCUCCACCGUCAGCAUUCAGGGCUCAGGAAACCACUACCACGCCUGCGCAGCCGACGAUGACUUUGACGCGGAUUUUGACCCUUCGAUUCUGCCUCCCCCGGAUCCCUGGAUUGACUCCAUCACCGAAGACCCCCUGGAGGCCGUCCAGAGGUCAGUGUGCCACCGGGACGGCCACUGGUUUCUGAAGCUUCUCCAGGCAGAGCGAGACCGCAUGGAAGGGUGGUGCCAGCAGAUGGAGAGAGAAGAGCGGGAGAACAACCUACCGGAAGACAUCCUAGGGAAGAUCCGAACUGCAGUGGGCAGUGCCCAACUUCUCAUGGCGCAGAAAUUCUACCAGUUCAGAGAACUGUGUGAAGAAAACCUGAAUCCCAAUGCUCAUCCAAGGCCCACUUCCCAGGAUUUGGCGGGGUUCUGGGACAUGCUGCAGUUGUCCAUAGAAAAUAUUAGUAUGAAAUUUGAUGAACUUCAUCAGUUAAAGGCCAAUAAUUGGAAACAGAUGGAUCCUCUUGACAAGAAGGAGAGAAGGGCCCCUCCUCCAGUGCCAAAGAAGCCGGCGAAGGGCCCCGCGCCGCUGAUCCGGGAGCGCUCGCUGGAGAGCUCGCAGCGCCAGGAGGCCCGCAAGCGCCUGAUGGCCGCCAAGCGCGCCGCGUCCGUCCGCCAGAACUCGGCCACCGAGAGCGCCGAGAGCAUCGAGAUCUACAUCCCCGAGGCGCAGACCCGGCUCUGAGGCGCCGGGCCGCGCCGCGCGCAGCCCGCGGCGUCGCCACCAAGUAUCUGUCCUCCCCUCCUCCUCUUCCUCCUCCCUCCCCACCUCGCCCUCCGAGCCCGUCUGUUUCUGAGCUCAGUGACUUCCACUGUCGCGGUGUAGUUGUCGAUCUUGCAGGAGCCGUCCCCCAGUAACCUCUGCUGCCCGGACCCGUUUGCCCAUGUUCUUCACCGAGCUUCGCCACCUGUACUGAUGCGUCACCCUGCCUCAUCCGGAUAGCCAACCCUUUCUUUUCGUGGCAAAACCAAGCCCACCUGUGUAGAAAUGGCCCUGUUAGGUCCCCCACCAUCCUCAGUUCUCUCCAGCUAGUCUGUCCCUAGAGCUCAGCAAUAUCAAACCAUAGAGUAUUUCAGAAAUCCACUAUCACAGGGUGAUCCUUUGGGACUUAACCGUCUUCCACGUGAAAGAAACUAGGGCUCCGAGUCCCUUUAUUUCCCCUAAACGGUUAUUAUUUUGUAAAGCAGAUGGAGCACUUUAUUUCCAACCUCAGAAAUCACGCGAUCUCUCGGAAUCAGUGAGUGACAAACCGAGAGGGAUCGGAGAUGGGCUGGCGGUGGGGGACCUGGAUGUGUAGUGGGAAAGGGGGAAGGGAAAUCUGCGGGUGCUGGGGUACCUGCUCCACUCACAGCUGCACAAACUGCCUCACUGUUGUCUCAUCAAUGCCUGCUUCAGAUGUCUCAAUCAGCAGAAGAUUGUAAAUUCGAUCUUUCAGGGAAAUUAAUCUAUUCUGAAAGGCAAUAACGUGAAGAAAGGCCAGGCAAAGGAAGCGCUGAUAGUUUAAGAUACUUUUACAAAAGGGAUUUUUUUUUUGUCCUAUUAUUAAGAAAAUUUAGACCUGAAAUGUUUUAUCAACUUUUCUUGUACUAUGUAUAUUAUAUUGUGGUGGUGGUGGGGGUCUUUAAAGGGGAAACUGUUGGUUCUGUUCAUUUGUUAGUGUCCAUCCUGGGGGGCCUACCUAAUUACACAUAUAUAAGUACACAUCUGCUUGUGAAGUGCUGUAAAUGGCAGCCAGGCUGUUGUCAGAGAAAAGUUUGGAUUUUCCUAUCAUCCUUUUGAAUGCUACACAUUUGUCUGUUUUAACCCAGUAGUUGACACUGCAGACAUAUUUUCUCCUUUAGUCUUCUCUCGACUGCACAGAGUCCUAUCAUUCCCCAGCAUAAGGGUUUUUGUCUUAUGUCAAACCGAUCAAGUAAGUUUCCUAUCCCAAUAGACAUGCUGCCUCGUUGCAAAGAGCUGCCACUCAUCUUGAGGUCCCAGGUAGUGAGAGAAGAAAUUUGAUCUGCAAUCCACGAGGUUCAGCAUCCAAGAGGGGGGGGAAAGUCAUGAUUCAUAAACACUGAAAGAAACCCAGGCUUUUGGCAGAGAAUGUUGCUUUCCAUUUUGAGCUGUGAUGGAUGGGCAGUAUGCACUUUGCAUCUAGCUGAAGUUAUCUUUAAAUGCCCUUACUCGUAGCAGUUUAAACAUUUAGAAUGUGGUGAUCUUAAAGUAUCACUGGCAUUUUAUGUCCUGCUCCCACCCUAAAGCAUUAGAAAUUACCAUUAAAAAAUGAAAGACUUUUAAAAGCAUACAUCAAAUAUGCUUGCACCAGAGAAACUUUUUAAAAAAUACACUCUCAUAGCCAGGUGCUAAUUUAAUUUUAUUUAUGAAAUUAAGAGAGGUGAUGGGUUCUGGCAACAAUAUUUUCAUGGACAUAUUCUAAAACCACUAGAGAAUUCGCUACCUCUCAGAGCCAUUGAUGCUUUGAGCUAUCUUUAUAAACAGGGCACAAAUGUUUACUGCUGUGGUUUACCAGAAAAGGGCUACUAACUCAUUUAAAAACCAACCAACCAACUUUUAACUAGGGUGUACAGAGCACCUUGGGUGCUUUGUAAAAUUGGAGCAUAUGGAGAUUUUGAGCUUCCAAUAUUGCUGAUUUUAAGAAGAAUACACCUUUCCUUUACUUUGUAGCAACAAUGGAAGGUCAUACAAAGUUUGCGUCAAGUAAGGCCAACUGCCACUUUGGGUAGCCUAUGGUCCAUUCCAUCCUGAAAAUGACUUGGAACUCCCAGAUUAAUGUAAAGGAAGCAGCAUCCAUUUGAAGACCCGUGUUCCCAACUACAGCUCUGUGCCCUGAGGUAGAGAUAAGAUUUGGAUUAAGAAAUAGAUUUCUAAUACAAUUCAAGAUCAUCCUAUGAUAUUUUCUUUGGAAACUGGUUUAGCCCAGGAUAUUUUAAAGAGAGACAAGAAAAGGCCUAUUUAUCUUGUCUAUGUGAAUGGUAUUUGUAUAUUCAUAAGCUAUUUUUGGUAAGAAUUUUAAAUCUUUUAGCUGAAUGCCUACAGGCAUCGUGACCUUUGCCUUCCUUAAAAACACAAAUUGUACAAACACUUUAUAAAAAGCUAAUUAUUGAUGUUAAAACAUGACCCCUCAUAAAGCUGCUUGUUAACCACUUGCCCCCUUAAACUGACAUCCAUGAGCAUAACCUUUGUUACAUUGUUCUUUUUGAUGUAAUUUGUAGAAAUGUUUUUUAGUUCAUAAUGGAAAAUGUAUGUACCCUGAAAAAUUACUUAUUUUGUUUAACUUUGGUAUAAAGGCAUUUUCUUGGGGGGGGGGAUUACAAAAGAAGUUUGUCUCCCACAUCAAAAAACGUUCAAAGAAAUUAAGUAUUUAUUAUAUUUUUUGCAGAUGUUUCCAUACAAUUCACAUAACCUUUUUGUAAAGAGAGAUGAAGAAAUGGAUUAAAGAUUUUUAAUAUUUGAAAUGGUAAAUAGAACUAAUUUAUUUGUAAUAUAUUUCUGUUAUUUAUAGAUGUUUCCUUAAUGUUUUACUGUGCAUUACCACUUUAAUUUAAGCCUUAUCCUUGUGAAUUUACCAUUUCUUUUUUAAAACAUGUCUAGAUGCAUAUUUUAAAUAACUGGAGUGUAAAUCACUAGCAUAUCUGAAUUCCCAAAUGUAAUUUUUAAAAAUUAUUUUGGUUUGGAAAAAAAAAAGAUUCAUUUGAAAGCCUUCAGAUGGAGGGGUGGGGAACAUUUUUAUGGCUUUAUGAAUUGGAAUUUCAUAGGCUUAUUUACCUAGAUUGUGUGUGGACAAAACAAUAAUUGUAAAUAGAUGAAUGUUUCCCAUAAUGUAAAAAGAAGAAAUUAAUAAAAUAAUUAAUGCUCUG